GGCUGAUUUGAAGAUGCCUGCCGGUGUAUCUUGGCCUCGGUACUUGCAGAUGUUUGGUGCCGGUGUACUAUCCAUGUUCGCCGGAACAGAGGUUAUCCAUCAUUACUACAGACCCAAUCUGACUUUUCCAGAAAUCCCCCCCAAACCUGGCGAGUUGAGGACAGAACUGCUGGGCAGAGAAGAGGCUGCUGCGGCUGAACAGAGACAGUGACCUUUUCGGUGGACGUGUUUUUUCGUACAGUAUCUUACUCUAGAGCAAUCCAUGUACAUAUUGUACAUGCUCAAACCACAACAAAGAGACAAUUAUGAAUAGAAAAUAGGAUGUGCAUGUGCGUAUGUAUCACAUAUGUAAUGGCAUAUGACAUUUGGCGUAAAUGUACCUGUGCCAAUUCUAUUCAAAGUUGCAUCAGGCAAUGAUGGGUUCACAUGGCUGGUUGGAGCCUCUCAUUGAGCUCAGGAGCCUCUCAUUGUGUUUUUUUGGAGCCAUACACCAUGACAGCGCAAUACACAAGGGGUGGAACAGUGGCAAAGGUACCCACAGGACAAACAGAAUAAUAUUAGUCUGAUGAGAGAUUAAAUAGCAUUAAUACAACAAAAAUAAUUCAAAACACACCUUUAUUUUAUUAUUCUAAUAGAGGGCACAAAUUCUAAUAUUUGUCCACUAAUUGCCAAUAAUUGGACAAAUGAUCAGAAUUUGUAUGAAUGUAUCCAUGAAUAACUCAUGAGGUGUUGAGGAUAGGACUACUUGCAGAGUAGGCGCCCCUUUACUUGUACUUGAUGUGAGAGACAUAAAAGUGAUCUUCAGUUUAGACCAUGUCUUCUGAUGGGAUCACUCCUGCCUUGAUACAUGCUCUGUGAAGGAUGUCAGCUAUAGAUACUGCACAGACUAGUAUGAAUU